AAUUAAUUAUAAUAUAAUAAUAUUAUUAUUAUUGUUAUUAUAUUUAUUAUCAUAAAUAAAUCGAUUUUGAUUUGUCGUUGUAAAUUGAUUUAAAUAAUUAAAAAUAUCUUUUUUGUUAUUACGAAGAAAUAAAACAUAAGAACAGGCAAAUAUGGAAAAGAUGGCAAUCAUUUUUCUACCAAUGAUGGUGGCCAUGGUUACAAGCAGAUCUUUUGAUCCAUACGAUCCUAUUGGGCCUAUAUGUCCGAUGAUCGCAUGUGAUCGGAAUAGUUGUAAAAGCGGAUUUAGACGCAACAGCAAUGGAUGUACCUAUUGCCAGUGUACCGAUCCGUGCGAGCAAUACAGAUGUCUCUAUCCGAAUCAGAAAUGCGUCUCCAGGUAUGUUAAAUGGUCCGAUGAUUACCCAGAGGCACACUGCACAUCUCCAAAAGAUCCAAAUUAUGUCUGCCCCCGUGCCAGCUGCUAUAGGUUCUGUCAAAGUGGCUUCAGGGUGGAUGACAUGGGUUGUAUGACGUGUGUUUGUCAAGAUCCUUGUGAAUCCGAGACCUGGGCAUGUCCAAGAGGUCAAGUUUGCAGUCCCAAGAAAGUCCAAUGCCUCAAGGAGCCUUGCUACGAUGUGCCUCUAUGCCAUAACGACACUUCGAUAUGUCCGACUUUGAAGUGCCACAAGCUAUGUAAGAGUGGCUACCAGACGUCUUCAAAUGGCUGUCCAUCAUGUACCUGCAAUUCACUCUGCCAGGAGUAUCCAGAUUACUGCCCGCCCGGCGAAUACUGCGUGGACAAAGGCUACGAAAAUUGCAAGUACCCACCCUGCAAUCUUGGCAGAAUUUGCGUUCAUAAAAAAUAUGAGAGAAAAGAAGCUGGACCAGCGUUCUAAAAUUAUUAUUAAUAUUAUUAUUAUUAAUAUCAUUAUUAUUUUUGUUAUUUAUUUAGUUUUGUUUAUUUAUUUUAUUUCGUUUUAUUUCAAAAUCAAAUACUUUAUCUUAUAGUUUGAUUUCAUUUUAAAUAAAUAU